AUGUCCGAAAAUAGCUCAGAGAAAUCCAAGGAGAUGGCUGGGAGCAAUGGUACCAAAAACAAUGCCCCAAGUUCCAAGACCAUUGAAGACUUAUUGAAACUUCUUGGAGUGUCCGAAACAGCGGAAUCAGAACCUCAAGCCAAACCAAUGAAAGACUACAAGUUUUGGAAGACUCAACCAGUCCCAAAUUUCGACGAAGAAAUUACUGAAGAAGGGCCAAUCGAUGCUUUGAAAACUCCGGCUGAUAUUCCAGAGAAUCCUUAUCCAUUGUUGAAAGACUUUGAAUGGGUGACCAUGGAUCUCGAUGAUGCAGAUGAAAUCAAAGACGUUUAUGAAUUGCUUCAUGAAAACUACGUGGAAGACUCUAGUGAGAUAUUUAGAUUCAAGUAUACCAAGGAAUUCUUCAACUGGGGUCUCAAGCCUCCUGGAUGGAAGAAACAGUGGCAUGUUGGUGUUAGAGUAAAGGAAACUAAUAGAUUAGUGGCAUUUAUUGCUGGCAUUCCGCUUGAUUUGGAGUUGCGUGGUAAAGGAAUUAGGUCAGUGGAAAUCAAUUUCAUUUGCGUACACAAAAAGUUAAGAAACAAGAGACUAGCACCAGUUUUGAUCAAAGAAAUCACAAGAAGAGUGAACCGCGAGGACAUAUGGCAAGCAUUCUACACUGCAGGGGUGGUGUUGCCAAGUCCAGUCUCUGUCUGUCGUUAUACUCACAGGCCUUUGAAUUGGGAAAAGUUGUAUGAUGUUGGUUUUUCUGCUUUGCAACCAAAUGAGACUAUUGAAAGUAUGACUAAGUUAUACGAAGUGCCAACUAAAACACAAACUCCGGGAUUGCGCAAAGCUGAAUUCAAGGAUCUUGAACAAAUCUAUGAAUUGUACGAUGUGUUCCAUAAUAGAUACGAGAUGGUGCAAAGAUUUAGUAAAGACGAAAUUGCUCAUUGGUUGCUUGGUGCUGUUGAUCCUGAAGAAGCUAAGAAGAACCAACAAGUCAUACAUACAUAUGUUGUUGAAGAUUCCACCGGCAAAAUCACUGACUUCUUUUCAUUCUAUUUGUUGCCAUUUAGUAUUUUGAAGAACCCAAAGCACGAGAGCUUGAAUGUUGCUUAUUUAUUCUAUUAUGCCUCCAGUGUAGGGGUUGGCAAAUCAAGAAAGGACAAGGAAAACCAGUCAUUGUUGAAGGAAAGACUUCAGCAAUUGGUAAACGACGCAUUGAUCAUUUGUAAAGGUUUGGAUAUUGACGUUUUCAAUGCUUUGACAUCCCAGGAUAAUACCCUAUUUUUAGAAGACUUGAAGUUUGGUCUUGGUGAUGGUUAUUUGAAUUACUAUUUAUUCAACUGGAGAACCUCGCAGAUUACCGGGGGUAUCAAUGAAGCUACUAAGCAACUAGACCCAGAAGCUGGAAGUGGAGUUGGUGUGGUUAUGCUCUGA